AGUCUAGCUACUUUGUUCCUUUUAGUACUCCAUGAACUCUCCCUAUAAAUACCACCACGACCUUUUAUCCGAUUCUGCACUAAACUGGCAAUCGAUUGCUCUUUGAAUUAGACAUGGCCAUGUCUAAGGCUUUGAUUGCUUCUCUUCUCCUAGUACUCUCUCUUCUCGUUCUUCAUAUUGUUCAAGCUGAUGAGGAGUUGGUGAAUACUAAUCAAGCAGCCGCUUAUCCACCAAAAAUCGAUUGUGGUGCGGCUUGCGACGCCAGGUGCCGGUUAGCGUCAAGGCAAAAGAUGUGCAAGAGAGCAUGUGGAACCUGCUGUGCCCGUUGCAACUGUGUUCCUCCGGGAACAUCCGGUAACCAGGAGGCCUGCGCCUGCUAUGCCAGCUUGACUACUCAUGGUGGCAGACCCAAGUGUCCUUAAAAGCUCCAAAUAUAUAUAUACAAAUGGGGGCCUGUUACUCAGUGUUAGUGGUGAUCAUGCAAAGUAUGUAUAUAAAUAAUGCGUGUAUUGUUCUAUAAGUAUGUGAUUGUUCAUGCGCUUAUGUUAUGUAGAGUGUGAUAACUAGUAAAUAAUGAGAAUUAUCAGCUUGUUUUCUACCUUGAAAA